AGAAGAUCCAUCCAUAUAUUAAUAUCUAUUGUCUGCUUGAAGCACACGUCUACACGUUCCCUGAUUUCUCUCUCCCUCUCUCUCACACACACUAAUACGUGGAGGACUGCGUGUGUGAUGUGCGAGAUCACUCCGAGAAAUAAACUAAACUCAAACAAACAAAAUUGAGGCACACAAAAGACCAUCCCAGAAAGAAACGAAGAAAAAACUACCUACUCACACGAGCUAUAUCUCACUUACCUCAACAAAAAGAAUUAGUUUUUGAGUGCAAUAAAUGGAAAGUGGAAGUUUCUUUUCAGGGUCACAAGCGAAAUAUUCCACACUCUUUAUGCUCUCUGCUUCCAAUUCCAAGUGCCUAUAUAUAAUAUUUUGCUGUUAUUACAUCAUCACACGUUUCUGAUUUUUCUUUCCCCUGUUUGUUCUUUGCCUCUGGAGGUUGUUGAACUGUGGCACAUUUUAGGUACUAUCCGAAUAAAUUGUCCAUUUCUGUGGUUGUGUUGUGUAUAUAAUUUCCUGUCUCUGUGUGUGUGUGUCAGUAUGUGUUUUGUUGGGAGUUCUCUACUGGGGAGGGUGGUUUGGAGAAAGGGUCAUGGUUGAAAUUCUUGAAUUUGCAGUGGGCAUGAUUUUCUUGAAUUUCUGAGGGCAUUCCCAUGGAUCUUGAAAGUGGGUUUUACCAGAAUCACGUGAAGAGAGAGUCUUGGAGAACUGUAUUGACAUUGGCUUAUCAGAGUUUAGGUGUAGUGUAUGGAGAUUUGAGCACAUCGCCAUUGUAUGUGUACAAGAGCACUUUUGCUGAAGAUAUCGAACAUUCUGAGACAAAUGAAGAAAUUUUUGGAGUAUUGUCCUUCAUAUUUUGGACAUUGACUUUAGUCCCUCUUUUGAAGUAUGUGUUCAUAGUGCUGAGAGCUGAUGACAAUGGUGAAGGAGGCACAUUUGCAUUGUAUUCACUCUUAUGUAGGCAUGCCAAAGUUAAUUCUCUGCCUAGUUUUCAGUCAGCCGAUGAGGAUUUGUCGACUUAUAAGAAGGAUAUAACGAGUCCUGCACCCUCGACUAUAAGGGCAAAGCUCAAGUCCACUUUGGAGAAGUACAGAGUGUUGCAGAGAGUUUUGCUUCUCUUGGCUCUGCUUGGUGCUUGUAUGGUGAUUGGAGAUGGCAUAUUGACUCCGGCGAUUUCUGUUUUCUCGGCUGUUUCUGGUGUCGAACUUGCCAUGGCUAAGGAGCAUCAUAAAUACGUAGAAGUCCCAGUUGCUUGUAUCGUACUGAUAGCGUUGUUUGCCCUUCAACAUUAUGGCACCCACAGGGUUGGAUUCUUGUUCGCACCUGUGGUCAUAACAUGGCUCUUGUGCAUCAGUGCUAUUGGUUUAUAUAAUAUUCUCCACUGGAACCCUCACGUGUAUCAAGCUCUCUCACCGUACUACAUGUAUAAGUUUCUCAAGAAAACCCAACGAGGGGGUUGGAUGUCCUUGGGUGGAAUUCUACUGUGCAUCACAGGUUCAGAAGCAAUGUUUGCAGAUCUCGGGCACUUCUCUCAGCUUUCGAUAAAGGCACGUUGAUGGCUUGUCUAACAUUUACUUGUCAUGAAAUUGCAGAUAGCCUUCACAUCCAUCGUCUAUCCAUCACUGGUGCUCGCGUAUAUGGGGCAGGCUGCUUAUCUUUCCAUGCACCACGAUUUUCAAAGUGAUUACCGUAUCGGCUUUUAUGUGUCUGUACCUGAGAAAUUACGAUGGCCGGUGCUGGUGAUUGCUGUUAUGGCUGCGGUGGUCGGAAGCCAGGCCAUUAUAACUGGAACCUUUUCUAUCAUAAAGCAGUGCUCUGCUCUAGGGUGCUUCCCAAGAGUCAAAAUAGUGCACACGUCAUCAAAAACGCACGGACAGAUAUACAUCCCGGAAAUCAACUGGAUUUUAAUGGUCCUAUGUUUGGCUGUCACCAUCGGUUUUAGAGACACCAAACGGCUCGGUAAUGCUUCAGGUUUAGCAGUGAUAACUGUCAUGCUGGUGACUACAUGCCUGAUGUCUCUCGUUAUCGUUUUAUGCUGGCACCACAACGUUCUCCUCGCCAUCUGCUUCGUCUUAUUCUUUGGGAUGAUCGAAGCCUUAUACUUUUCGGCAUCAUUAAUAAAGUUUCUUGAAGGAGCGUGGGUGCCUAUCGCCCUUUCGUUGAUCUUCAUGAUAGUGAUGUGUGUGUGGCAUUACGGAACGCUAAAGAAGUAUGAGUUCGACGUUCAAAACAAGGUCUCCGUCGAUUGGCUCCUCAGCCUGGGUCCUAGCUUGGGCAUUGUGCGCGUCCGAGGGAUUGGCCUCAUCCACACGGAACUCGUUUCUGGGAUCCCAGCCAUCUUCUCCCACUUUGUCACCAACCUCCCCGCCUUCCACCAAGUUCUCGUGUUCCUUUGCGUCAAAUCAGUCCCCAUCCCCCACGUUAAACACGAGGAGCGGUUUCUGGUCGGACACAUCGGUCCGAGAGAGUACCGCAUCUACAGAUGCAUCGUCAGGUACGGUUACCGUGAUGCCCACAAGGACGACCUGCAGUUUGAGAACGACCUCGUGUGCAGCAUCGCCGAGUACAUCCGAACCGGAAGCUCGGGAUUGAACGGUAAAGACAUGGACGUAAGGAGACAGAACGAAGACAUGAUCGUGGUUGGGACUCCCUCGACUCAUCUGCACGGGAUCCAGUUAUGUGAGGAUGACGGGGUGAACCCGGAUGUAGCCAGCACGUCGGAGCACAGGGAGAUACAGUCGCCUCCGGCCAUGAUGGCGAGGAAGAAGGUUAGGUUUGUGAUCCCGGAGAGCCCGAAGAUCGAUAGAGGGGCGCGCGAGGAGCUGAGGGAGCUGAUGGAUGCUAGGGAAGCUGGCAUAGCCUAUAUCUUGGGGCAUUCAUAUGUGAGAGCUAAGCAAGGAUCAAGUUUGAUGAAGAAGAUGGCUAUAAAUUGUGGUUAUGAUUUUUUGAGAAGGAAUUGUAGAGCUUCUACUCUUGCUUUGAGCUCACCUCAUUCUUCAACAUUGGAAGUGGGAAUGGUGUAUCAUAUAUGAGUCUUCUUGAUUUUAGUUGCAGAGGAUGUCUCACAGCUUUGUACAUGUUUUUUUUAGAUAGGAAGUUUUACAUGUGUUGCCGAGGAUGAGUUAGAAACAUGUAGUGUGAGCUGACAACAUUUUGUUCAGAUUAGUAACUUAACUACACACUUCAUCCAA